GUUGAUGGAGACCAGUGGUGGGGACGUGGAAUUUCAGCAGGCUGCAGCUGUGUCCAGUAGCUAGCUAACGUUAGCUAGCUAAUAAUAAACAUUUGAAACCAAGAAAGGGGUUCACAAUUUACUAGCGAUCAAAUAGACUUUCAUAAGUGCUUAUUAAUAUUUGGGUUGGGCAAACAAAACAGCGAAUUGGCAAGGAUGAAGCUAAAGGAGAUAAAUCGCACUGCAAUACAGGCCUGGAGCCCAGCGCAGCAACACCCUGUUUAUCUAGCUGCGGGUACAUCUGCCCAACAGCUGGAUGCCUCCUUCAGCACGAGUGCCUCGCUGGAGAUCUUUGAGCUGGAUCUGGCAGAGCCCACGCUGAGCAUGAAGUCCUGCGGCACCUUCUCCUCCUCACACAGAUAUCACAAACUGGUGUGGGGUCCCCAUGGAAUGGAUGCACAGGGACACCCAUCGGGGGUCCUCAUUGCCGGGGGAGAGAAUGGUGACAUCAUCCUCUACGACCCCGCAAAGAUCAUUGCAGGGGACAGUGAUGCGAUCAUCUCGCAGAACGACAAGCACACUGGCCCGGUCCGGGCCCUCGACGUCAACCCAUUUCAGACAAACCUGGUCGCUUCAGGAGGCAAUGAGUCAGAAAUCUACAUCUGGGACCUGAACAACUUUGGCACUCCAAUGACGCCAGGGCCGAAAACUCAGCCCCUGGAGGACAUCAGCUGUGUGGCCUGGAACAGACAGGUACAGCACAUCCUGGCCUCCGCCAGUCCCAGCGGCCGGGCCUCUGUCUGGGACCUAAGGAAGAACGACCUCAUCAUCAAAGUCAGUGACCACAGUAACAGGAUGCACUGCUCCGGGCUGGCCUGGAACCCUGAGGUGGCUACGCAGCUGGUCCUGGCUUCUGAGGAUGACCGUAUGCCUGUCAUCCAGAUGUGGGAUCUACGCUUUGCCACCUCCCCCCUCAAAGUCCUGGAGAACCACACCAGGGGCAUCUUGGCCAUUGCUUGGAGUCUGGCUGAUCCGGAGCUGCUUCUGAGCUGUGGGAAAGACAACAGGAUCCUGUGUUGGAACCCCAACACUGCUGAGGUGCUGUAUGAGCUGCCCACCAGCACGCAGUGGUGCUUUGACAUCCAGUGGUGCCCGAGGAACCCUGCUGUGCUUUCCGCCGCUGCCUUUGAUGGACACAUCAGCAUCUACUCCAUCAUGGGCGGCAGCAACCAGAAUGAGAGUCAGCAACCCGCAGAUCAGAUCAGUACUUCUUUUGGUAACAUGGACCCCUUUGGGAUGGGACAGGCCCUGCCACCUCUUCAACUUCCCCAGUCCACUGCCCCCAAAACCACGAUAACACCCCUAAAGAAACCUCCCAAGUGGAUCCGCAGGCCUGUCGGGGCCUCGUUUGCUUUUGGGGGGAAACUGGUCACCCUGGAAAACGUCAGGCCAACACCCCAGCAGCCACAGCAGCCCACUCUCCACAUUGUUCAUGUUAGCCAGGUCGUCACGGAAACUGACUUCCUGGACCGCUCUGACAAGCUACAGGCCACCAUGACAGCUGGAAGUUUUGUGGACUUCUGCCAGUCCAAGAUCGAGACUGCCCAGAGCGAGUUUGAAAGGACCAUGUGGUCUUUCUUAAAGGUCAACUUUGAGGAUGAUACUCGUGGAAAAUACUUGGAACUUUUGGGAUACAAGAAAGAGGAACUUGCUUUAAAGAUUGAAGCAGCACUCCAAAAGGAGGAUAUCGUGCCAGAGGAGCCCGUUUCUGCUCCUGACGCUGAGCCUCAGCCCGUGCCCGUCCCUGCCCUCGAGCCUGUAUCUGAGCCUCCGCCUGCUCUCCACCUUCAGCCCGGACCUGAGCUUGAUCGUAAAGUUGCGGGCGAACCUUUAAUUGAGCCCGGGUCCCCGCCCACUGAGCUUUAUCCAGAACCCGUGCUUGUCCAGCAACCUGAGCUAGCACCUGGAGCGCCGCUUGACGUUACUCCUGAGGUCGUUUCUCCGCCACUCCUGGAUGCCGUGCCCGAAUCACAGGUUCAGUUUAAAACUGAACCGCAGUCUGACGUCAUACCGGGAGACCAGCUCGAUCAUUUAACUGAACCGCAGCUUGACGUUAUACCGGAAGCUCAGAUUGACAUUGUUCCAGAAGCUGGGCUUGAUGAUAAACCGGAAGCCCAGCCUGCCAUUUUACCUGAAGCUCAGAUUGACAUUGUUCCAGAAGCUGGGCUUGAUGAUAAACCGGAAGCCCAGCCUGCCAUUUUACCUGAAGCUCAGUUUGACCCUAUACUAGAAACUCAGCCUUUGAUUAUGCCUGAACCUCAGCUUGACCUUCUGUCCGAACCGCAGUUUGAUGUUUUGGCUCAACCGCAGCUGCUUGGUGUCAUGCCUGAACCGCAGAUUCAUUUUCCACCUGAUCCUCAGCUUGGCAUGCCCGAACCAUACCAGCACCCUCUACCUGAACCACAGUUUGACCUUAUACCUGACUCCCAUUUUAGCCUCAUACCUGACCCUCAGCUCAGCACUGCACCGUUUGCCCCUAUACCUGCAUCUCAGUUUGACCCCAUACAAACACAGCAGUUUGACCUCAUGCAAACACAGCCGUUUGAUCCCAUACAAACACAGCAGUUUGAUCCCAUACAAACACAGCAGUUUGACCUCAUGCAAACACAGCAGUUUGACCCCAUGCAAACACAGCAGUUUGACCCCAUACAAACUCAGCAGUUUGACCCCAUACAAACACAGCAGUUUGACCCUGUACAAACACAGCCGUUUGACCCUGUACAAAUGCAGCAGUUUGCAUCUAUACCUUUACAGCAGUUUGAACCAGUACCUCCAACACAGGUUGACCCUGUACCUUUACAGCAGUUUGAACCUGUACCUCCAACACAGGUUGACCCUGUACCUUUACAGCAGUUUGAACCUGUACCUCCAACACAGGUUGACCCUGUACCUGCACAGCUGGUUGAACCUGUACCUCCAACACAGGUUGAGCCUAUACCUGUACAGCAGGUUGAUUCUAUACCUGAACCCCAGGUUGAACCUGUACCUGUACAGCAGGUUGAUUCUAUACCUGAACCCCAGGUUGAACCUGUACCUCCACCACAGGUUGACCAUAUACCAGUGCAACAGGUUGACCCUAUACCUGAACCCCAGUUUGAUGUUGAACCCGAACCUCAGCUCGACCUUGAACCUCCAGUUGACCUUCCAAAUGAACACCAACUCGAUCCGGAACUCGAACCCGAACCCGAGAUUGACCUGGAGCCUGAGGAAAUGACAGAUGCGGAACCGGCUGUCCAAGAGGACGAGAUUGACCUGGGAGAGACAGAAGAGAAAGAGACUGAAGAAGAAGUCUGUGUGGAGGCCACAGAAGCCAUUAACCUCAAAGUCAAUGAAGGUGUGGACGGACUGAUAACCGAGGCCUUGCUGACUGGGGACUUUGAGAGUGCUGUGGAGCUCUGUCUCCGUGACAACCGCAUGGCGGACAGCAUCAUCCUGGCCAUCGCAGGGGGCCCAGGGCUGCUGGAGAAGACUCAGAAGAAGUACUUUGAGAAGACAAAGAGCAAAAUCACCAAGCUGAUCAGCGCCGUGGUUACCAAGGAUUGGCGGGACAUCCUGGAGACAUGUGACCUGCAGAACUGGAAGGAGGCGCUGGCGGCGGUGAUGACCUAUGCAAGCCCAGAGGAGUUCUCCUCUCUGUGUGGCCUGCUCGGGUCUCGUCUGGAGGCGGACGGUGGGCUGCAGCCUCAGGCCUGCCUGUGCUACAUCUGUGCUGGUAAUGUGGAGAAGCUGGUGGCGUGCUGGGCGAGAGCACAGGAGAGCCACUCCCCCCUCUCUCUGCAGGACCUGGUGGAGAAGGUGGUGGUUCUGCGGAAGGCCGUGGAGCAGACACAGGGCUCCAGCCCCGUGGUGGUGGGUACCCUUCUGGCGGAGAAGAUGAGCCAGUACGCCGGCCUGCUGGCAUCACAGGGCAGCCUGCUCACUGCCAUCGCCUACCUGCCUGAAAACAGCGACCAGGUAACCAUUCAGCACUUGCGGGAGCGUCUGCGCAGAGCCCUGGGAGAGGAGGCGGCCAAGCCCGCUCCAUCUGCCGCCCCAGGCCCCGCCCAGCCUGCCCAACCUGCCAUGCCAUCACCCCCAAUGCCUGCCCCAGUGGCUGCCCCAGCUGCGCAGGCCUACACCCCAAUACAGCCCCCACAUACCCCCCACCCGCCCCAGCCCACCCCUGUGCCCACAGCUCCACCUCAGUAUUACCAGCAGGUUAGGUCUGCCUCUACUAUCACAUCCUGGAGUAACCAAACCCCCACAGCUCUUCCCAGUAUCCCCGCUCCAGUAGGCCCUGGCCCAGAUCCGCAGUCUCCUGUCCAGACGGAACCUCCUCCUCCCGGGUUUGUGAUGCCGCCCCAGGCUCCGGCCUCCAGCGCUGCAGGAUACCCGUACCCCCAGCAGUACCCCCAAACUUACCCCCACAUCCCGCAUUACAUGCCUGGGGCUGGGGUACCUGCUGUCUAUCAGCCUCACCAGUACGCUGCGGCUGCACAUCCCCCUCUUCCUCCCUCCUCUUCCUCCCCCCUGCCUGCCUAUCCGCCCUACAUGCACUCGCCCACCUCCCACCCUCUCCAUCCAGUCUUUCCGGGGUCCUCUCCAGCGGUGUCCGGGGGCCCCCCUCCUCUCGCGCCUCCUCCGACCUCCUCCUUCUCGCCUCCUCCUCUGUCUUCUGGAGCCUCCUUUCAGCACGGUGGGCCAGGAGCGCCCGCCCCCUACCUGCCUCCUCCACCCACAGGACCCACAGGUACACAGCCUGAGCCCAGCCUGCCUGCCUCGCUGAGAACAGGGGGAUUGAAUGGCCAAGACACAGCCUGUUUUAUGGAAGGGCCUCAGAACGGCUGGAACGAUCCUCCUGCUCUGAGCCGGCUGCCAAAGAAGAAGAAGGUCCCAGAGAACUACACCCCCCCUGCCCCGAUCACCUCGCCAAUCAUGGCCCCCCUGGGGGGGGACCCCCAGGCUCCAGUGCACCCCCAGGCUCCUCCCACGCUGCAGCCCCAGCAGCUGCCCCCAGGCCAGCCCGGUGUGCAGGGACCUUACCCCGGGCACCAGCAGCCCCUCGCCCCGCCCCCCGGGCACCCCGCCAGGCCCCCGGUCAACGUUGAGGGUGCACCAGGCGCUCCCAUUGGAGACGUCAUUCAGCCAGUGAGGUCCCUGCCUGCGGAGAAGAUUACCAAGAAGCCCAUUCCAGAGGAGCACCUCAUCCUGAAGACGACAUUUGAAGGGCUGAUUCAGAAAUGCCUGGCUGCUGCUGCUGACCCACAAACCAAGAGAAAGCUGGAUGAUGCCAACAAACGCCUGGAAUCCCUGUAUGAUAAGCUACGAGAGAAAACCCUCUCUCCGGCGAUCGUGGGAGGCCUGCACAACAUGGCGCGGAGCAUCGAGGCGCGCUCCUACGCGGACAGCCUGAACAUCCACACCCACAUCGUCAGCAGCAGCAACUUCAGUGAGACGUCUGCCUUCAUGCCAGUGCUGAAGGUGGUUCUCACACAGGCCAACAAGCUGGGAGUGUGACAGGGAGGGCCUUCCCCUAGCACGCUCACCAUGCCAUCAGUAUCACAAUGACUGUGACAUUUAUACCUGGACAUAGGACCAAAUAGUGUUGGUGUUGCCAUCUCAUCAUUGCUGAAAUUUACAUUGGGGCAACCGAUUGUUUUUCAGUUUUUAUUUUUUAGAUUAUUAUUUUGUCUUGUCUUUGUCUUUGUUUUUUUAAAUUCUUUGUUUUUUACUUUUUACUUUUAAUCAUGAAAUCCAGGCAGAGCAGAGUGCAAUGACAGCUUCUUUUUUAACUGAUGUUUUUAAUCAGAACUGUCCUAUUAACGAUAAAGCAUGCUUUUGAUGAUGGAACGGUGGCAGGGAAAUCUGUUCAGUGUUUGUCUGAAUGUCAGGCCAAAUGGGAGGGAUGGAUUGUCCACAUUGCCCUAAGGAUGUCAUUUGAACAUGUUUAUCUAUUUUCUUUUCUCUUUAUUCUGUUGUUCUGUCUUUUUUGCUUCCUAUCUCCUUUUUCAGUUGAAAGUAAGAGGACACUAACCCUCUCGAAUGAAAGUAACCCUUAUUCUGUCGCAAAUAUCUUGUGUCAUCAAUGAAGUAGGAAAUUUAAGACCAACAACAUGCAAUAUUUUCAAUAAAUAGUAUUUAUUUAAAAAUGUGGUUGGAUUGCAUUAACACCGAUUUCUCCCUGAUAUAUAGAACUUAAUACUAAACAUGUUUCAUAUGCAUAUCAGACAUGGCUUUUCCACUUCUAAAACUGUUAUCCAGUCAUUUCAAACCAGUAGGAUUAGUAAUCUCCCAAAACAGCAGAUGCACACCCUGAUAGAGAAACAAAUCCCACGUUAAGCUUUCAAAAGGGUUUUUUGUUUUGUUUUGUUGACUUUGUCAUUGAUUUUGAAAAUGUACUUCAACCAGACCUCACAUAUCUAUCUCAGGUGUUUGUGGGUUGUUGUUUGACUCCUACAGGAUUGUUUUAAUGAACAAUGGGUGCUUGUGGAUCAUGAUUGUCUUUAGUAUCUGACAGAACCGAGUAACAAUCACAAAGCAUGAUGAACUUGUUUAAACAGAUUCAAUGGCAAAUGAAAAUGAUCGAUGCGAGAUUAACACCGUCCUAGGAAAAUAAAGGGAAUUGUUUGGA